UCUGGGCUGCACCUGCUCAUUCUAUCCAAGUCUUGCAAUCCAGUCAUUUUCAUCCCAGCUUGUAUCCUACGGUGUUGCAACCAUGAGCAAGACCUUUUCCUCUGCCUCUGCCGAGACGGCUUCUUCCUACCGCCGCACCUUUGGUUCGGGAUUAGGCGCGUCCAUGCCCAGAUCCCUGUUCUCCAGCCGUGGCUCCUCUGGCUCCUCCCGCCUGUCCUCCAGGGUCUACGAGGUCACCAAGACCUCGUUGCCGUCCUACUCCAGCCUGCGCUCCUCAGGACCCGUGCUGCACUCCUUUGCCGGCGAGAAGCUGGACUUCAGCCUGGCGGACGCAAUGAACCAGGACUUCCUGCACACGCGCACCAACGAGAAGGCCGAGCUGCAGCACCUGAACGACCGCUUUGCCAGCUACAUCGAGAAGGUGCGCUUCCUGGAGCAGCAGAACCAGGCACUGGUUGUGGAGGUGGAGCGGCUGAGGGGCCGCGAGCCCACCCGCAUCGCCGAGAUGUACGACGAAGAGAUGCGCCAGCUGCGCAUGCAGGUGGACGCGUUGACCAAUCAGAGAGCUCGUGUGGAGAUCGAGCGGGACAACCUAGCCGAUGACCUGCAGAAGCUUAAGCAGAGACUUCAGGAGGAGAUCCACCAGAAAGAAGAAGCUGAGAACAACCUCUCAGCUUUCAGAGCAGACGUUGACGCUGCUACUCUGGCCAGGCUGGACCUGGAGAGGCGCAUUGAGAGCCUCCAGGAGGAGAUCACCUUCCUGAAGAAGAUCCACGAGGAGGAGAUCCGUGAGCUGCAGAACCAGAUGCAGGAGUCCCAGGUCCCGAUCCCGAUGGACAUGUCCAAGCCUGACCUGACCGCUGCUCUUAGAGACAUCCGCACACAGUAUGAAGCCAUUGCUGCCAAGAACAUUUCAGAGGCUGAGGACUGGUACAAGUCCAAGGUGUCCGAUCUGAACCAAGCCGUGACCAAGAACAACGAUGCUCUGAGACAGGCCAAGCAGGACAGCAUGGAAUACCGCCACCAGAUCCAGUCCUACACCUGCGAGAUCGACUCCCUCAAGGGCACUAAUGAGUCUCUGAUGAGGCAGAUGCGGGAGAUGGAGGAGAGAAUGGGUCACGAGGCAGGUGGUUACCAGGACACCAUCGCCCGUCUCGAGGGCGAGAUCGCUAAAAUGAAGGACGAAAUGGCCCGUCACCUGCGGGAGUACCAGGACCUCCUCAAUGUCAAGAUGGCCCUGGAUGUGGAGAUCGCCACCUACAGGAAGCUGCUGGAGGGAGAGGAGAGCAGGAUCACUUUGCCUGCACAGUCAUAUUCCUCCCUGAACUUCAGAAGUGAUGCCAGAGAGACCAGCCCUGAGCAGCAUCGCGGCUCUGAGGUCCACUCCAAGAAAACAGUCGUAAUCAAGACCAUCGAGACCCGUGAUGGAGAGACCAGGACGUCUAAAGAGGGAAUGAGCGCUGUGAGUGCUCACUGUGUCGUGAGUGAAUCCACGCAGCACCAGCAGGACGUCGUGUAAAACGGACAGGAAGUGCAAAGCAACGGACGGAGAAAAGCCCAACACACCGAAUUUAAUCCAAUUUGAAACCGGGACAUUACCAGGCCUCAGAUGCCUUCAGGUUUAGCUUACUUUAAUGCAUAUCCUCGGUGAUGUCAUGACAGCAUGACAUGUGGCGUCAAGCAGCUGUGGACGAAUAAACAGGCAAAGCUGAACGUGCUCAGGACAAAAGAUGUUGAGUAAUGAUGGAUCUGUGGUAGGCUACCGCUGAAAUGAAAAUGACUAUGAAGCUAAGAAUUGUACGCAUGAGUGUGUGUCUGGGUCAUGUCUGCAGAUCCAAUUCCUGUCAUGACAAAUAAGCUUGCAGAAAGAUGUACCAUGUAGUUAAUACAACACUGAUUUUGCAUUUUUAAAAAAGCGAAACUUGAAGCCAAACAAGGCGACAUGCUGGAUGUCCUUGAUACGACCAGUACAUAAUCAUGCAUCUGUCAAUGUAUCAGCAAAAUGAAAAAUGACAAACUUUAACACUUUAUGGAAAAUACUUGACACAAUAUCAAAGGAUGUGAUGCUAACCAUUCUGUGAGGGGCUCUAUACACAAAUAUCUGUAACAUGGUUAUCAGGAUUUUCUUAAAAUCACAGGACUUUAAGAGAAAAAAAAAUCAUUCCUUUGUGCUUACUGGACUCACCCGGAUUAAUAUUCACAGUGCUUCACGAUGCACCACAAAUAAAAGCCUCUCACAGUAUUUAAGAGGGUAUAUUAAAAUGCAGUUCACAGUGUGAAAUAGGUUAUCAAGUAAUUAUAAAAUGUCACACAAAUA